UUCAACCGGAAGUAGUUUCCGUGUCAGAGGUCGAGCACAUUUCUCCGCGGUACCAUCCUGCAGUCUAUUGAUGCAAAAUCACUGGUUUGAAUUAAGUUUGACUCGAACAAGGAAUCGAGCGCACCCUUUAGAUAGCACAGUGCCACAGUAAAGAAACCAGGUGACUGAGACCUCAUUCUGUUCACAAUAUAACACAAGAAAGUCAUCUUAUUGGAGUUAAUAGACCAAGACAGAGAUGGCUGGAAUUCUGUUUGAAGAUAUCUUUGAUGUAAAGGACAUUGAUCCCGAUGGCAAGAAGUUUGACAGAGUAUCUCGUCUGCAUUGUGAAAGUGAAUCUUUUAAGAUGGACCUCAUCUUGGAUGUGAACAUUCAGAUCUAUCCGGUUGAUCUUGGGGACAAGUUCAGGCUGGUUAUUGCCAGUACGUUAUAUGAAGAUGGAACGCCAGACGACGGAGAGUACAAUCCUCAGGAUGACCGGCCAUCCAGAGCGGACCAGUUUGAUUAUGUGAUGUAUGGGAAGGUUUAUAAGAUUGAGGGCGAUGAGACCUCAACAGAAGCAGCAACACGCCUCUCUGCCUAUGUGUCUUUCGGUGGCCUCCUCAUGAGGCUGCAAGGAGACGCCAACAACCUUCACGGCUUUGAGGUGGACGCCAGGGUCUACCUCCUCAUGAAGAAACUGGCCUUCUAAAACUCAACUCUGCUUCACUGGUUCCUCGAAUCCCGCAGUCAACUUUAAAGUGAUUUUGAACUGUAUACUGAACAUUUCAUAUUCUCAAGUCUGCUGCACCUGACCAUCAUCUAAGAGCAGCUCAAAGACAGAGUAUGUGGAGGCUGAAGAAAACAUAUUUAGUUUUUUACUCUUGUAGUUACAAAAUGUUUCCUCCAAGGUGAUGGACUACAGAUUAAAGACUGUGACACUUAAGAACUACGGCAGCUACCAUCUGCUGGCAAACUGUAAAUAAAGAUUUCUUUUAUAC